UUUGACCCUUUUCUGUCCCCUGGGGAGGACCUCUUGCUUCGGUGUUCAAGGUGGAUUUAGACUUGAGAGCAGUGCAAAUUUAGAGGAGAAGGGUGAUCAUACGACCGUGAAUAGCAGUGCGUUAAUGGACUGAAAUUUGAAUUAUCUAUUCUAGAGUGCGGAAUGUAGAUAGUUAUGGAAUUUAUUAGGAUCUCACAGGAGUCGGGAAUAAUUUUCGCCCUGGAAGUGACACAAAGUGCCCAGCUCCAAUUUCUCCAUAGUGUCCAAAUUUUGCCAUUUUAUCUAUGAGUAAUGGUAGUUUCUGGACCCGUACCUAGGGAGAACUUGUCUCCUGCCCUAUGCGUUUGCUAUUUUUGGAAGAGAAGGGAAGGGGAGAAGAGGGAGGGGAAGGGGGGGGGGGUAAUCCGAAGACCCGAACGAUCCAACCCGAGCGUGGAGAGGACCUGUUCGGGCGCAGCCCGCCUCUACUGCGCAUGCUCCGUGCUCUCUCCCCUCGCGGCUCCAGCAGAGAAGGGACGGAGAGACGCGGAGUGAGGGGUGUGGCUGUAGGCUGUAGACAGUGAAGCGCAGCCCGGCUGCCGCGGCGGCUCGGCGGUCAGCGACCGUUCCUCUUGUGUGGAUUUACGCUGCUCACCAUUCAUCCCGCUUCCCUGGUCCAGGUCCCGAAUCGCCUCGCGCCGGUGAGGGCGUGAUGGCGCCACCCUCGGAGACCUCGGAGCAGCGCACCCCUCAAACGCGCAGGUGCCUGCGGUGCUUGAAACACGAGAAGGUGGUUUUCAGGAAGGGACACAACUGCCCUUUCCAAGACUGCAAAUGUGUCCAGUGUACGAUAUUGACAAGGAAGUACAACAAACGAAACCAGAAAAGCGAUUGCCGGGCCUCCGCUCGCCCUCAGCGCACUCUUCCCACUCUGGCUCCGGCUCCGGCUCCGGCUCCGGGUUCUGGCUCCAACACACCUACAAACACCACGAAUACCCCGGCAACAUCCUUCAUCUGCGUCCCAGUCCUCACACUGGACUCGGCCCCGGUAGGCCCCGGCGUUGGUGCUGCCAGCGGUCCAGUGGCGGCCCCGUGCCUCGAGUUCCUGGUGACAGUACCCGCUGACCACAAGAGUAAGCAGAUAAAACAGCGGAUGGCACCAAGGCAGACGGCCGCUUUAAAUUUGGUGGCGGGUGCCGAGGACACGACCGCGUCGAGUCGAGGUGCGUGCCGGUUGUGUCGAGCCCACGGAGAGCCCAAGUACCACCGUCAGUCCGACGACUGCCCUCACGCCAAGUGCACCUGCUCUGCGCGCUGCAGGUCGUUGCUGGCCAAACGGAAGUGGCUGGCGGCCUUGAAACAACAGGGGCAGGAACAGCCGGGCAGGGAAGUGCCCGAGCAGACAGCCCCGUUGGCGGAGGUAGCCGGCGUCCAGCCUGCCACCUCGAGCUCGGCGGCCCCGGGAGGCGAGGGGCAGAGCAGGCAGAGGCUGCCAACUGGACCCGUCGGUCUCGCUGGCGACGAGUCAAUCAGGAUCGAGUCUGAAGACCGCACACCUACACGUCGGCUCUCCGUGGUGGUCACCAACGAAGCCACGGCGCGACGGCUGCAGUCACCGCCCCGUCGCCCGUCGGUCGAGGUAGUCGAACUCGAAGAGCCACCGCCGCGCCCGCCCUCUGUGGAAGUCAUUGAGGCGCCGCCAGCAGUGCCGCCACCCUUGGUCGUGUUGGACGAGCCGGACGAGCCGGACGAGCCGGACGCGGAGCUUCGUUGCCCGACCUACCCCACCUGUCAGUCGGUGUUCGACUCUGAGGAGGAGCUCCAAGACCACGUGGACUCGGUGCACAUGCAGCUGGUACCGCUGCGGACUUUAAAAAAACUGUUUCAAAUGAUGCAUCUGGCCGGUCAGUCUAUCGAAGAACUAGCGGAUCAGUUCGAGGAACACAGUUCUGGAACAUCCGUAUAGAGUCUUUAAACUGCAAGUUGUGAAUUUUUACCCAUAUUCUGUGAUGUCAAGAACCUUUUUGUUUUAAUGAUCUAGUCAAUGAAGACAAAGAAUGCUGAUUCUGCGAUCAAAGUAAUAUAUAUUAUUUUCUUUAUUUAAUUAUAGAAGGAAAUGUUUCAUGAA